CACACACGCUACAGGUGAACCUAAACAGCAUGUCUUUGGACUGUGGAGCAAAUCCACGCAGCAACAGGGAACACGCAGAACCCGCCUGGCCAACUUUACACAGACUGUGCGGGGAUCGAACCCACAUCCCGGCGUCGCACCACCCAGGCCCUGGGAGAAAGCAGCGCUACUCGCUAUAUAACACACCGCGUCACCACAAACACACACUCGUCCGGACAAGAAUCGCGGGGAGGAGAAGUACACGGGGGUGACACAGACAAGGAUGAGGGGAAAAUGAGCAUCGAUACAUAGGCGUAAGGUACCGCACACAAUAAUAAUGCGGACUAGUAGUCCGACUACGCGGAGGGGUACAGGGCACCGGCACUACAAGAGCGGCACAACACUGUAAUCGGGGGUCUGACUGCGGGUUCGACGCAAGAGAGGGGGCGGUUGCUAUAUGAGAGCGCGUCCGUAAUGAAUAUGUAACCCGUGUGUGACUCAGAGUGAAACUCGGGCUCGGCAUAAAUGGCCUCCUUUCCACGGAGUCCCCCACAGACACGCCGCCGCGGAGAUGACGGACGCGAACUCGGUCGCGUCCUUCCUGCAGGACCGCGCGCCGCACCACUUCAGCGCUCGAGCCCGGGAGCGGUGCGCGCGCUUCCUGCGCAUGUGCGCCCGGCUGCAGCAGCAGGUCUGCGAGCGGCUGCGGGACAUCGACGGAACCCCGGUCCGCCUGGAUUGCUGGCGGCGCCAGGAAGGUGGAGGAGGUGCCACAGCCAUACUCUGUGAUGGCAACGUGUUUCUUAAAGCCAACGUGGACGUCACCAUGGUGACCGGGAGGAUGGACGCGUCACUGCUGGGGCAGCUGGCCAAACCCGAGAGCACCGCCUGGACGUGGCCUGAGCAGGGGUGCAACUUUCUUGCUGUCGGUCUCAGCUCAGUUAUUCAUGUCAAGAACCCCCACGUUCCUUCAUACCACUUCAAUCUGCGUCUCAUGCUACUUAAUCUUUGUGACGGGACUGAGGUUGGUUGGUACGGUGGUGUGAUAGAUAUCACCCCAUUCUACCUGAUACCCGAGGACAUCACUCAUUUCCACCGGAUUCUGAAAGAGGCCUGCGAGAAGCACGAUGUCACUUACUACCCACGCUUCAAGAAGUGGUGCGAUGACUACUUCUUCAUCCGACACCGAGGGGAAACUCGCGGGCUCGGCGGAAUUUUCUUCGACAACCUGACGUUCGAAGAAGAAGGAAACUUUGAGUUCGCCAGGUCUUGCGCGGACGCAAUCCUCCCUGCCUACAUCCCGAUUCUGAGGGCCCGAGUGUCCACGCCCUUCACGGAUCAGGAGAACACCUGGAAGCUGCUGCGAUACGGCAGAUACAUUGAGUUCAACCUGAUGUAUGACAAAGGCACCAAAUUUGGGCUGCUGCUCCCAGGCUUCCGGACUGAAACCCUGUUCGCCUGCAUACCAAUUAUGGCCAAGUGGGUCUACGACUGGAACCCAGAGCCGGGGGGCAGAGAGGCGGAACUGGUGCGGGUGCUACGAUGUCCGCAAAACUGGGCCUAACUGACAUCGCUUUUGUUCCCAAGGCAGCUUUUCGAAAAAUAAAAUGCUUCAUAGUUCAACUUCCACGUCAUCCUAAAUUAUCUAUGAUCAGAGUUCAGAAAAUUCAAAUAACUUACAAAAAAUUAUGUUUAAUAUUAUUAUUUGCGGGGGCGCAGUGGGUUGGACCAGAUCCUGCUCUCC